AAGUCUUCUUCAUCUCCAAGGCUUCGUUUACUUAUUUUCGACAGAGAUCCAUUUGUUCACACCUUCUUUUCAAUCGAUUCAACCAAACAUUUUACUUUCUGCGCUUUCAUACCUGUUUGAUCUGUUUUCCCAUGGAAAUUAGCUCGGUCUCAUUUCUUAACCAGGACGAUAUCUCCCAUUUAUACAGCUUGUUCCCCGAAAUGGAUGAGUUGGGUGUGAAUCACGAGUCAAAAAAGAGGCGAAGAAAAGAAGAGGAAUAUGGUUUUGAUGAGGUUGAGGGUUUCAGGAAUGAAAAUGGUGGUGGAGGGUUUAAGGAAAUUCUCACUUCUUUGAUUUUGCUUGACGAAGAGGAGAAGCAAGAGCAGAAGCAAAGGGAGGUUGAUUUUGAGCAAGAGAUUGCUAGCUUCGAUUCUAAUUUCAAGCUCGAGACUCAAGUCAUGAACGGCUACGGUAAUGAUAUGAAACGACAUUAUUCCCAAUUGGGUGAGUUGGACCAGUCCAGGACCAAGCGGGCUCGCCGCUCCUCAGCUUCAACUGCGGCUGCCGCGGUGGUGGCUGCUUCUGCCUCUGCUGAUAAUCCAGUGCAGUCGGCUGCAGCGACGGGGCAGGUGGGCCAGCAGCACCGGCGGUUGUGGGUGAAAGACAGGUCGAAGGAUUGGUGGGACCAGCACAAUCACCCCGAUUUUCCCGAUGAGGAGUUUCGGCGGGACUUUCGGAUGAGUAAGGCCACCUUCGAAAUGAUUUGCGAAGAGCUCGACUCGUCAGUGAUGAAGAAGAACACGAUGCUGCGUGACGCGAUUCCAGUUCGCCAGAGGGUGGCGGUUUGCAUAUGGAGGUUGGCUACUGGUGAGCCACUCCGGCUUGUAUCGAAGAGGUUCGGAUUGGGGAUUUCAACUUGCCAUAAGCUUGUUCUUGAGGUUUGCUCGGCAAUUAAGACGGUUCUAAUGCCCAAGUUUCUUCAAUGGCCCGAUGACGAGAAGUCGAAGGUGAUCAAGGAUGAGUUUGAAUCCAUGUCCGGGAUUCAGAACGUUUCUGGGUCAAUGUACACAACCCAUGUUCCAAUCAUAGCUCCCAAGAUCAGCGUGGCUGCUUACUUCAACAAAAGACACACGGAGAGGAACCAGAAGACUUCAUACUCCAUUACAGUACAAGGUGUUGUUGAUCCCAAAGGAGUUUUCACAGAUGUGUGCAUUGGUUGGCCUGGUUCAAUGCCUGAUGAUCAAAUAUUGGAAAAAUCUGCUCUUUACCAGAGGGCCAAUCGUGGUCUUUUGAGAGACGUUUGGAUAGUGGGAAACUCGGGGCACCCUCUCAUGGAUUGGCUGUUGGUGCCUUACACACGCCAGAACCUGACUUGGACUCAACAUGCUUUCAAUGAGAGGGUCGGAGAGGUUCAAAACGUGGCUAAGGAGGCCUUUGCGAGGCUUAAAGGGAGGUGGUCUUGCUUGCAGAAGAGGACAGAGGUCAAACUCCAGGACUUGCCAGUGGUUCUUGGGGCUUGCUGUGUUUUGCAUAACAUAUGUGAGAUGAGAAACGAAGUGAUGGAUACAGCUACCAAGUUUGAGAUUUUUGAUGAUGAAAUGAUAGCUGAGAAUAGUAUAAGGUCGGUGAACGCAGCUCAGAACAGAGAUAAGAUUGCUCAUAACUUGUUACACCAUAGCCUUGCUGGCACUGGUUCUUUAUAGUGAUUUUUAGUUCAGGUUUUGAUUAUUGUAAAAUUAGCUUCUCCCCUUAUUCUUUUUUGGCUAUGAUUAAAGUAGUCAUCCUCAUAGAAUAAACUCUACUUUUUAUACGCUUUUACAAGAUUGUAUUCGAUAGUUGAAAUAUAUAUUUUUGAUUAUUUUUACAAA